AUGGACUGCCUCCUUCCCGCGGCAGGAAAGCGCGACGUGGUCGAUGCACCGAACGAGCACCUACAGGUCGCACUUGCGUACAAGAGAAUCGACUGCUUACCUGCGGCAGCUUCGGAUCACGAGUGUCGUCUCUAG